GACAGUGGAGAAACCACCUCCCUUUCCCCUGCAGGCGAAUAACAUGGGGGAAGUACAUGAACUGUGGGCAAACCUGCAUCGCCCCAGACUACAUCCUCUGUGACCCAUCCAUCCAGAGCCAGGUGGUGGAGAACAUCAAGGCAACUCUGCUGGAAUUCUAUGGGGAGGACGUGAAGUCGUCUCCGGAUUACGAAAGGAUCGUCAACAAGCGUCACUUCAAGAGGGUCGUGGGCUUGCUGGAAGGGCAGAAGAUCGCUCACGGGGGAGAGAGUGAUGAGGCCUCCUGCUUCAUAGCACCGACCAUCCUGACGGACGUUUCCCCGGAUUCCAAGGUGAUGGAGGAGGAAAUCUUUGGACCUGUCCUGCCCAUUGUGACCGUGAAGAGCGUAGAGGAAGCCAUUGAGUUCAUCAACCGUCGGGAGAAGCCCCUUGCCUUGUAUGUCUUCUCCAACAACAAGAAGUUAAUCAAAAGAGUCAUCUCAGAAACCUCCAGUGGGGGUGUGACUGGAAAUGAUGUCAUUAUGCAUUUCUUCCUCUCAACCUUGCCCUUUGGUGGUGUUGGUCACAGUGGGAUGGGCGCCUACCAUGGCAAGCACAGCUUCGAGACCUUCUCCCACCGCCGCGCCUGCUUGAUCAAGGACCUGAAGAUGGAGGGCACCAACAAAAUGCGAUACCCACCUGUCAGCCAGAAGAAGGUGGAUUGGACCAAGUUCAUCCUCCUGAAGCGGUUUAAUAGGGGCCGAAUUGGACUGGCUGUCCUGGCCCUGCUGGGGGUGGUGGCAGCGGUGAUGAUGAAGAACCACCAGUCUGUGCUGAAGAGAAAAGCCCUCUUGGUUGUGCUGGCUGUGCAGAGGCUGGGCUGGCCCAGCGGGUGGUAAGGAGGAGCAGGUUUCAGAGCACUGCUGUGGCUGUCACAGUGAGGUGGUUUACUGAUGAAGAGGAGAAGGCCUCGUGUGCCAGCCGUACUCUGGGUGCUUGCUUUGUGUCUGUUUCCUUAAGCUGGGAAGUCAUUAUUUUCUUUUGUUCUGGGUGAUUUCAGUGAGCUGUCGAGCACACAGAGUAGCCUUAGAGAGGCACUAACAACAAGAAGGCUCAGACUCCUGUUGGCUAAAAAGCCAUGCUGGAACAGAGGGACCAGAGGGGACAAGCUCUCCGAAGGAGGACUGCAGAACAAGAAAUUCCAGUCCCUAUCUCCACCCCAUGCCAUGCAGAGUGCUGCUUGAGGGGCACACCAAACCACUUACCUUCCUUCAGUGACCAACAGGAGCUUCAGUUUCAGCAGUCCUUGGGUUGACAGUGUUUUCCCUGCAGUUUUUGGGAUGGGCUGUCUCCUGUUGUGCUCUGAACACCCUCCCUCUUGGUGACAAGUCUGAGACAGGCCAUGCUGGCUGAUGCAUUUGACCAAGAGUGAUGGUUGUGAAUGAACCCAGUGAGGUUCCCCAUGACAUUUGAGGUGAAAUAUUCAUGGAUCUGUGCAAAUUGGAAUCAUCCACAGCUGGUCAGGGAAUGCAGGCUGGUGCCCUUUUGGGGCUCUGGGUUUCACCAUAUGGCUGUAACAAUUAUUAACUGUUAGAAAAUUACAAAAGUGGUACCUGCACUGCCUGUAUUGUGCUGAUGAGCAUCUUACACUCGUGCAAAAGAACUUUCAGGCCUGUUUGGAGAAGUGGGAAUGACAAAAUACCUUGUGGGUUAGCUCAGCUCUGUGCAGCUGCUCCCUUAUUCCCAGUGGGAUGGGAAAGACAAUCAGAGGAGUGAAAGUGAGAAAACUUGUAGGUUGAGAGAAAGAUAGUUUAGUAGGUGAAGUGAAAGCUGGGAAUGCAGGCAAAUUAAAGCAAAUUGAGGAAUCUGUUAAUUAAUUCCCCUUGUCAGGCAGGUGUUCAGCCAUCCUGGGGAAAGCAGGGCGUCAUCACACCUGAUGGUGACUUGGGAAGACAAAUGCCAUCACUGCCAAUGUCACAAAUCCAAAACAGCACCAUCCUACUAUGAAGAAACUUAAUGACUAUGAUGAAAGUGAACUCCACCCCAGCCAAAGCCAGUACAAAGCUGUUCCUGGUCAGAUUGCUCCAAGGGAAAACAAUUAUUGAAAGAGUGUGUGCUCCUUCGUGUUUGAGCUUCUGGGGCUGCUGUAAUCUUGCAAUGGGGCAUAAUGUGGGACUUGUUCGAGCUUGGGAGGAGGAUGCUGAAGGAAUUGAAUGUAAAAGAGCCUUGGAAAUAUUAAUGUCAAAAUAAGGCAAAUUAAAAAAUUAUUACUAAAUGCAAUUAAUAUAGAGUAGAAAGUCAUAUUUACUGUGCAAUAAGUAGGAUUUCUUUGUGGCUGGUGAAAAUCCAUGUGCUAAGCCUUUUUGAUGAUAUAUUUUGCAAGUACUAAAUAAACACUGAGAAUUUAAGUAAUAAA